AAGACCAGUCUCUGGUCACAAGGUCCUCGUCCUCCGCCGCGCUACACCUGUCCUCGUCCUGCACGCCGCACAGCCGUCCUCUUGGUCCUCCUCGCCGCCCAGCGCCCGUGUCAAGAUGCCCGAGACGGCGGAGUCGCACAUGGUCAGCCUGACCACCAACCGCAACUGCACGGUGGAGAUCUGCAACGUGACCAGCACCUUCUGCCUCACCAACCCCAAGGUCCACAUGGAGAGCGGCUACCCCUACAGCCCCCCCCAGCCCACCGUGCGCACCGGCCGCAACGAGGUGUGCUCCUUCACCAAAGACGACAACACGGCGUCGGGGGCGGUGGGCGUGCUGACCUACGAGCUCUUCAACAUGCAGCAGCGGCGCUGCACGGAGGUGGUGGCGCUCAUGUUCUCCGUGCCCUUCGACUACACCUUCUACAAGAACUGGCUGGGCGUGGGCGUGUUCCCGCACGCCAUGCCCGUGGACCACAAGCUCUUCCAGCACAUGUACGAGGAGAAGGAGUUCAGCGACUUCGUGCGCCACGAGGCCGACGGCUCGGGCGUGGUCUACAAGGGCCAGCAGGUGGACGUCAGGGCCUGCAUGUCCGACGAGGGCCGCGCCAUCGUCAAGCUGGAGGUCUACAACACUAUGGGCUGAUCCUCAUGUCACAAUAAAAGCUUGCUUGACCCGAA